CAACGAAGAUCCAUCCGCUCCUUGGGCGUCGGACCAAUUCUGCCACAGAGGAGAGGAGGAAGGACUAUGUUAGCUUAGUGCUGCUGGGGACUGUUAGAGUGUGUAACAUGCUGACUAGAUCAGGUUGCUGAGGGUGAGAGGUGAGAGUUGAAGGGUCGGCAGCGCAGCAGGCAUGCAGAGCAUUAAGUGUGUAGUGGUGGGCGACGGUGCCGUAGGGAAGACCUGUCUGCUCAUCUCCUACACAACCGGAGCCUUCCCUAAGGAAUAUAUACCCACCGUGUUUGACAAUUAUAGCAGCCAGGUGACAGUAGACGGGCGCUCCAUCAGUCUGAACCUGUGGGACACGGCAGGUCAGGAGGAGUACGACCGUCUGAGGACCCUGUCCUACCCUCAGACCAACAUCUUCAUCAUCUGCUUCUCCAUCUCCAGCCCCGCUUCCUAUGAGAACGUCAAACACAAGUGGCACCCAGAGGUGUCCCACCACUGCCCCGGUGUGCCUGUCCUCCUGGUAGGCACUAAGAGCGACCUGCGUAACGAUGAGGAGACCCAGCGCAAGCUGAAGGAGCAGAGCCAAUCUCCUGUCACUCAUCACCAGGGGGCGGGACUGGCCCGUCAGAUCCAAGCCGCCCGCUACCUGGAGUGUUCCGCCCUCAACCAGGAUGGGAUCAAAGAAGUGUUCGCUGAGGCCGUCCGAGCCUUCCUCAACCCCCAGCACACCACCAGCAAGAGGUCCUGUAGGCUACUGUAGAGAGCGAGAGAGAGAGAGAGAGAGAGAGAGAGAGAGAGAGAGAGAGAGAGAGAGAGGAGGGGAGGGGAAGGGAAGGAGAGGGGGGGGGGAUUGGGGAGAUAGAGAGGAAGAGUAAAGGAGGGGUAAAAAGACUGAUGUUCGCUGAGGCCAUCCGAGCCUUCCUCGACCCCCAGCACACCACCAGCAAGAGGUCAAGACGGGGAAAGAAGGGUGGUUAGCUAGAUGAAGAGACAGAAGGGGGUGGGCAGUUGAAACUGAAAAACUUACUGCAACAAUGGAAAUAAUAGGAAUGUACAUGACUAUGGUAGAAUAAUUCAGUUACAUGUAAAUAUGUAAACAGUAUUCUCUUUUCCCCCAGUGACCGAUGAGCCUUACUAUUGGGAAGAGGGAGGGGCAACUGCACUCUGCAAAUGACGAAUUACAGUGAUCUGUUAUCAUGGACACUUGGGCAGUUCUGAUAGGCCAGAGCAGUGUCACUCAACGGCUUUACCAGAGACGGAUUGGUCUGUGAUGGUGGCGUCUACUUUCUCUUCCCACUCCUUGACCCUCGUCUCUUUUCCUCUUAUUCCAGCUUUAGAGCUCAGUAGAAACCCAACUAAAGCAUAUGUAAAGCAUAUUGAGAAAUAUCAUGAUGAGCCAUGCCUCUUUCAAUUCCCAGAAAAGAGCCUUUAAUAUUUGUUUGUUUGUAAAUCAAAAAUGUGCCCUGUGUGUUGACGCUGGCUGCCUCUGUUCAGGCCAGAGGUUAGAGGUCGCAGAUGAAGCUGGGGAGCUGAGAGGUUAUGUCCCAAAAGUUGUGAAACCUUUUUUCCACGACCGCUUAUCUUCCUUCAUAUCUUCCCUUAUAUCAUAUCCCCUCCUGAGUUGUAUACUACGAAGCAAGCUAGAUCUACUCAGGCUUUUAUAACGCUAGCCAGCUUCAGUUAGCUUCACAUUCCAGAUCAGGCUUUUAUAAAGCUAGCCAGCUUCAGUUAGCUUCACAUUCCAGAUCAGGCUUUUAUGAAGCUAGCCUACUUCAAUUAGCUUCACAUUCCAGAUCAGGGUUUUAUGAAGCUAGCCUACUUCAAUUAGCUUCACAUUCCAGAUCAGGGUUUUAUGAAGCUAGCCUACUUCAAUUAGCUUCACAUUCCACAUCAGGCUCGUACUACUACGGUGGAUAUUGCUUGUCCGCAUGCCGCUAACUCUAGCAGGCUGGUUACUGCGCGUGCAUGUCGCACAUGGCUAGUCGAAUGCCAAACUCGUCAUUGAGACAAUGCUGAAACGUCAAUCUAUGGGCGAGUCAGUGCCACACUAUAAUUUGUGCCGAAAUUUAGAAGUGCCAUCUUUAUUUGAUUACUUAUCGUUAAUUCUACUUUUUUGUGCUUUUGUGUGCUCAUCAAUGCACGAGCACCUUCUAUCUGUAGAACAGCUUGUUGCGUCGUGGCCACAGACAUAUAAUCCAUAGCAGGGUUUUGGAACCUCUAAACCUGGCAAUUUGACUGUUACACUCACGGUAACCUAACAUAGCAGGCAUAAAAGAAACACCUGAAACUAGAUCCCCUACAUACUAGUCUCGACAAGAAGAAGAAAAAGGUCAUUUUCUGCACUGUUCAACCAAUCCAGUAAAUAUGGAGGAGGUGUUAAGAUGGGGUGUCAUGCUGUUAAUGUCUGAAAGCAGAAGUCGCUCCACAGGCUCUCUUUCCAUUUCCCCUGAAAGCCAGAACAUCCAGUUGUUGGGGACUCAACAUACACUAGCAACGGCUGCCAGUCUUCACUUGAAUGGGAACUGCCAUCUAUGGAUUAUGGUUGGUUGCCUUUCGCAAAUUUCAAAAUACAAUUGCACAAAAAAAACAUACCGUUUGGAAAGCAAGUACUGUCAUUACUAAAUGUGUCAUGUGAUAGGUGUUAAAAAUAUAUAUAUUUACACACAAAAAACAUUUUAUUAAUAUAUUUAACCAAUCGUCUUCCUCAAAUGAAGGGGAUAAUGACCCAAUCUUUGCGAGAGGGAGGGUAUCGGAUUUCAUUGGUCCUCAUGGCUCAGACACUUCAUUCAGGAUAAAUGGAGUUAGCCCCGAGUUAGCCUUCAGGUUAGACACAGCUUGAGUCCAUUCUCUUUGCUACAGGAAGUAAUCCUUCUACUGAGGUUCACAAUGAGACAGAGAGUCAUUUCCACUUCCCCCCCUCACUUCCCGUCUGCAUGUAUACCUUCCAGACCAUUCCAACAGUAGAAUCUUUAGACCACCCUUGCCCCCCCCCCUUUUCAUCCGCUCUUCUCCCCUCCCUCACCUCUCCUUUCCCCUAUUCUCCUACCCUCUGCCUCCACUCCCUGUUCCUUUCACCCUCUCUCCUCUUUCCCCACAUCUCCGACCCUCUGCCUCCACUCCGUUCCUAUCCUCCUCUUUCCCCACCUCUCCUUUCCCCUGUUCUCCUACCCUCUGCCUCCACUCCCUGUUCCUUUGCUCCUCUCUCCCCACCUCUCCUUUCCCCUGUUCUCCUACCCUCUGCCUCCACUCCCUGUUCCUUUGCUCCUCUCUCCCCACCUCUCCUUUCCCCUGUUCUCCUACCCUCUGCCUCCACUCCCUGUUCCUUUCCUCCUCUCUCCCCACCUCUCCUUUCCCCUGUUCUCCUACCCUCUGCCUCCACUCCCUGUUCCUUUCCUCCUCUCUCCCCACCUCUCCUUUCCCCUGUUCUCCUACCCUCUGCCUCCACUCCCUGUUCCUUUGCUCCUCUCUCCCCACCUCUCCUUUCCCCUGUUCUCCUACCCUCUGCCUCCACUCCCUGUUCCUUUCCUCACCUCUCCCCUGUUCUCCAACCCCAUGCCUCCCCUCACCUCUUAACGUUACUUCCUUCUCCCCCCCUCCCCAUUAUAUUCCACAAGGGCUGUGCUUGAAAGUCAUUUAUGUAUAAUAUUUAUCAAACCUGUAAUGUAAUAUGUGUUUAACAUGAUUGAAUAUAUAUAUAUUUUUAAAAUGUGUCAGUGACCAUGCAAUGUUAAAAAAGUCAAAUGCCAGGCAUUGUGUAAACUGAGAAAAUGUAACAUUCAGACUGUCUUAAUUUGAUAUAAGCUGAGAAUAAAAUCAUGUUACAAUCCUGA